AUGCUAGAUACUUAAUUCUUCGAUAAGGUUCUCCCAGUUGCUUAAAUAGUGGCUUCCAGCUAGCCAUAAGUGAAUAAGUUAUUUAAUGAAAUGAGGCUGAGUGCAUAUUCAAAUAGGUCAGGUAUGACAACUAAAUUAAAUUCAAAUCCCAGAAUUCGAAUAAAAACUUAAGAAUAAGCCUUGUCAAACGCUGAAAACUCUAAUUCCUACACAUAUUAAAGACAGAACUCUGAAAGGUCAAAAUAGAGUGUAGGGCCAGGUUCCUAUGAGGUAUAACAUCCCGCUCAUUUAUAAUAUAACCGUCCCUUCAUAAGUUUUACCAAAGGUAAAAGAAAAUAGUUAAAACAAUUUUAAAAUCCAGGUCCUGGAUAAUAUAAUAUUCUAUAGAGUAAGCAAUCAAAAACCUUCGUUUUCAAUUCAAGACAUUGUAGUGAACACCAUUAAGAGUUCCCAGGUCCUGGAACAUAUGAUUUGAAUCAAAAAUCUUAAAGAAGUAUAUCUUUUGGCACAGCCAGAAAGUUAUCUUAAGAAAAUACAAAGUUUAUAACUCCUGGGCCUGGAGCCUAUAAAAUAGAUUAGAAAGUAGAGAGAAAAAAAAUAGAUAGAAUAGAGCGACUGCUCAAACCAAAACUAAUGGUUAGAUCCUAUUACAAUAGAAAGGAGGAUAAAUAUAUCCAAGAAUUAAUGAAAUAAAAAGAAGUUAGAGAAAAAGAAACCAUAAGUUUAAGACCAAGAUCGGCAAUGUAAAUUAAAUAAGUUGCCAGAAGAAAAAAGAUGGAAAAAAUUAGAAGGAGCAGUCAAGAAAAAUUUGGUCCUCCAGGUCCUGGAAGCUAUGAUGUUAAAGAUUUCAUUGAGAUCGAUUAGGUUGAUAAGAAAAACUCAAAAAGAUAAAAGUCAAGCAUCGAGGACAAAUAAAAGCCAUUUGAUUCGAUCGGACCUGGUAGCUAUGAUAUUAAAGAUUUUCUUUAUUAAUCUGAAUAUAUAAAAAAAAGUAACACUAAUACAAGUUUUGGGAAAUCAAGAAGGUUUUAGGUUGAAAAGUAUUCAGAAUUAGGACCUGGAAGUUAUGAAUUAGUAGUGGAAUAACAAUGA